AUGAGCAUAAACCACAUCUUCCUCUGGGCAACUGCCAGAAACCUCCCCGCACUGCGCAUCUUCUACAGCAAAGUCCUCGCCCCAGUGGGGUACAAAGAGCUGAUCUGUGCGUACAACAGCACGCUGAUCGGGUUUGGGAGCGACUACCCUUAUUUCUGGAUCAAGGCGUUGCCGGAGGCGAAGAGCACGAUGCCCGUUCACGUUGCGUUUGAUGCGCCGAAUUGGGCGGCUGUUGAGGAGUUUCAUCGCCUUGCAUUAGAAAACGGAGCAAAGGAUAAUGGCGGUCCUGGGAUCAGGGAGGAGAUGAGCCGGUAUCCCUACUACGCGGCGUUUGCGGUUGACAUGGAAGGGAACAAUGUGGAAGCUGUUUGUGCACCGAGGGAGGCCAGGAAAGAAUAA